GAAUUCCUCCAAAGCUGAAAUGAAACCUAAAAGCAUAGGUACAACAAUAGGCUAUUUUAUCCUUAUGCGUGUCCAAACAUUCAUUUUUCUUGGAUUAAAUCCAACAGCGUGGAGGUGUAUAACGCAAGUCCACGGCUGAAAAAGUUCAUUAUAACUGUAGUCAUUCCUCUUUUCCGUCAGUCACAAGCAGCUGCCCACAGGCUUUUCGUCUAGGUUCGAUAUGCUUCUGUGGUGUUAUCAAGAGAAGAACCAGAACAGGAGGCCCUGAACGUGUCUGCUGUCUCCUGACUGGGUGCACAACCGGCGAGGUCAUGACAUGCACCGCCAUCUGACCAUCCAAGCACGGUGACAUCACAGGGACUGUGAGAUGCAGCCCGUACGGCCAGGAGGAGAGAGGGUUUGAAUCACAGGCACAUUAGAGGUAGAGAGAGCGCAACCAGUCCCACUACAGGCUCCACAGGGCCCAGUCCCACCCCCUGAAACCGCUGAAGACCCCUGCCAAGUGGUGCAAGGCAGGGAGGGGGCUGGAGGGAGGCCAUCAUGAUUGACCUCAGCCACCUCACGGAGGAGGAGCAGGAAAUGAUUGUGUCGGUGCUGAAGAGGGACGCCGAGUUGAAGAAGGCUGAUGAAGAGCGGAUCAGACGGCUGCGGAAAGCUGCGCAGGACACAGGCAAGCUCAAAUAUCUGACAGGGGAGUGGUUUUACCAGACUAAGUCACAGAGACACAGGGACCGCAUCCAUGGGUCGGACAUCAUUCGCGCAGCUAUGAAACAGAGGAAACCAAUGACCAUAUUGGAGAUCACCCAGAUAUGGGCAGAGAGGCCCAGUUUCGUUAACAGUGAAAUUCAGGAUAUAUUUGUUCCUGCGGAACUCUCUGGACUAAUAGAGGAGCCGUCAACACAGGCAACAGAAAAGAGGGCAAGCGGCAGUGUCUCACCAGAUGUCCAAAAAGAUGGAGUCAUCCUUGCCCUGCAGUCCCCUCCCAAGAUAAGAAGGAACCCUUUCAACAGUGUGCUGGUGGGGUCCGAAGCUUCAGAGGAGCCAGAACCGCAGUUUACCAAUUGGGAAGCAGAGCCGAUCACGCCAUCUGAUGAGGAACUGUUACCACCAUCAAAAAGCCCCAUAGGCAAUCUUGAUAAAAUAACUUCAGAAGAUGCAGGUACCUUAGAGGCAGCUCUCCCUAUAACGACACCUUUGCCGCAAAAGAGGACCGUCGUUCACCCUCCUCUGGAUUCUCUAUCAUACAACAACGAGUUAUUUCCCAAAUGGAGCAGCGUGGCGGUCGAGCGGAGCACCGUUUCCGUCGCUCCCAGGGGGAUUCUCAAGCGCAGCUCAAGCUGCAGCUCUGCAGAUCUCCCUGCCUUCUGCAUUGACCGUGACGAUGGCGGGUGCUCUGAAUCAACAGAUUCCCAGAAAGCCCAGCAACCCGAAAAAAAUGACAGGCCUGCCCAAAGGAGUGAGUCCCUUCACUCGCUGGACAGGAAGCAGGUCCGGUUCUCCACAACGGUCAGAAUGAGCGAAACGGAGGAAGGAUCAACACUGCUGGCCGAUGGAGAGUUUGGGGAGCACGACCUGCUGGACAUGCAGUGUGAGACAUUCCCAGAUGAGGAACGCGGGGAAUGCAAAUUAGGCAUAGGCAGCUUUAUGGGUGAAAGCAAUAAUGAUCUGACCCACCACGGAGCUGAAUGUAAGUUUCAGAAGGAGACCGGAGAUCCCAUCCCCACCAUGACUGUGGCAGAGUCUAUCCCUGGGGAGGUCACUAUGCCCGCUACCUCUGAGUCACAGCAUAGCAGGUUGGGGAGUAAAUGGGAAGAGGUGGACACAGGUGAGACUAAGAGCAGCGGGGAGGGGACCAUCAUGAGAGGCCUGGACAUAGGUCCGCCCCAGAGUCCCAGUGGUCAACAUGAGUACAGUUCUGAAUCCUGCACCCAGGGCUCUGAGGAUCAGAAAGACACAGCCACUCAAAGAGAGUCAUGCAUCACUGCUUCAGGAAAUGAACCAGGAACUGAAGGAAAACUCACACCACGGGGACAAGCACAAGACAAGACUGCUUCGGUCAGUCACCCAUUCAUGAGGAAAGUGCAACUGACUAUGAAACAGAAGGAUAUUUAUGAACAGGGGUUGACUCAAAGGCUUGCUAACUUGAAGUCAUUCUGGGAGAAAGGAAACACUGAGUCUAGUAUACUGAUGAGCAGAAAAAGCACAUUUUCCAAAACAAAUGAAACAUUGCAGGAAUUUGCUGACAAAAGUGAGGUGACAGGUGAAGAAUGGAACAAGCCUGAUGUAAAUGUGUGCAAAGUAGGGCAGGAACUUCCAUUCUGGCUUGGAGAAACUUCACCAGCACCUGAAACCAUGAAAAAUAUCUAUGGACAUUAUGCACAACAGUUCAAAGGUACGAAGGAAAGUGAAUAUCGUGUUCUUGAAGCACGUAUCAAGACAAAUUCUGUUGAUUCAGCGGACGGUAACAAAAUUACUGAGCAGUCAGAACAAUCUCUCUUCCAAAAGGAAGCAUACCCAAACCCAAGAAAAGGCUCAUCACUUCUAGAGGAAAACUCACCUUGUUUUGAAAGCAGAAGCAUGUUGGAGAACCAAAAUGAAGAGGAUCUAUACAUAGCUAAAUCCACUAUCAUCAGUGAGCAUGUGACUGAGGGGCUGAAACCUGAUAUACAAACAGGCUACCAAGGACAAGAGAUUGGUUCUAAAUUUGAUUCUGUGGCUUCCAGUAAACAGACUGGCAGGCAACAUGAUGACAGAGCUGGCAGGAUAAAUAACCUAAAGUCCUUCAGGGAGAAGGGGAAAAGUGACCCUAAAAUGAAUGUUGGAAAACAAAAAGGGUCUUUAGAGACUGAAGUGAACCAAAACCCAGAGCCCACUCCUGGUUGUGCUGAGAAAGAACUUGCCACCUCUGGGUCUGACCUAAGGACAGUUGGCAUUGAUUUAGACAAUAGUUGUGACAGUAGAUCUUCUCUCCUGUCAAUUAAAGAACAAAUUGGGAAGGAAUUAGAGAACCAGACUGCAAUAAAAGCGCAGUAUAAAAAUAUUGAUGACUGGGGCAAUGUGCCUUCAGUCAAGACAGAGUUGCCCACUACUGAAGAUGUUCCCCAACGUCCAAAAAGCUCCUACUCAAGGAGUCAAAGGGCAACUCAUGCUGUCCAACGGGAAAGCCCGUUGCUGGUUGUGGAACCAAGUCCAGAUUGUCCCCCACAAAUCCCACCGAGGUGUCCAAUAAAAUCCAAAACUGAGACCUGCUCCUCAAAAUCCCAUUCUGUCAGUGUCUGCCCUCCGAUAAGGGAGCUCAUGGAGAAAGACCAGAAACAAAUUCUUCCCAUUCAGCAGAAGAAGGUACAUUCACCUGAAGGGAUACCAUGGGAACCUGGGGUCACAAAGAUGUCCUUUGAAACUAAAGGUGUUUUCUCAGUGGGAAGACUACCUGGGGGUCAACAUAGCUGUAUUCCACAGCUACGGAGGGGCAUUAAAAAAUCCUUAGCGGGGGAACCUGUGGUUGAUGAGUCCCUUGCAUCCCAAAAGGACAAAGAGUCAAAGCCUGAGCCACCUAGAAGAACAAGCUUAGAGAACCUUAAUGUUAUACAAACACACCAGUUUGCAUGUUCUGAAUACCUAAAUGAAGGAAAUCAAGCCUCUCCUGAGGUUUACGGGCAAAUGAAUGAAGGAAGACAUCCCAGCUACAGGAAAGCCAGUGAAGGACAACUUUCAAGAGUACCAGAAGAGGCUGAAUCACAUCGCCCUCUAGCAAGGUCUUUGAUCCCCCAAAGUUGUAAGCAUUACCUGGGACUUCCUGAGAUUGUAAACACGAAUGACUUGAGAGUACCAGUCACAGAGAGGAGGAAAGAGGGCAGCAGUGGCCAUCAACCAGCACAGCCUGAGGCAGACCUGGAUGUUCUACCAGAGCCUGUCCAAACCCGCACCCUGAGGGGACCACAGGAGGUGUCAGAGCACCCUAGGAGCAUGAGCGGGAGUGAAGGUCAUGGGACUUACAACACUCCUGACUCUUCCAGGAGCAACACAUCCAAAAUCUGGUCUAACUCUUGGGCAAGUUCAGACUGUUGUGAUGAGUCUCAAAGCCCCGUUAAGGCUUUAAAGCAAAUCUGUGCCAGACCCAUAGCUGUCUCUAGAAGUCUGGGGGACAUUACGUCACAGCAAACCCUCUCCCCAGUGUCCACGUCUCCCAGUUCCUCCUUCUCAGAUCAGGACCAGAUGAAGAAGCGGUGUGCGUCCAUGCCUGCCUUUUUGCAUGGAGAGAUGGAUGGCAGAGACAGUGACUCUGACUCGGAGAACAGCUUCCACCUUGGAGGAAGAAAGAGCAGUGCCUCCACUAACUUUAGCACCUCCUCUGGCAUGGCAUCAAUGUCCUCUGCCAGUAGCAGUCUGAUGAGUAUCUACAGUCUGGAGUUUGAAAAUGUGGAAGUCAAAGGGACCAUCCAGUUUGCCCUCAGCUAUGUUCAGAAGCUGGGAGAGUUGCACGUGUUUGUGGUCCGGUGUAGGGAUCUGGCGGUCGCAGACAACAAGAAGAACCGGUCUGAUCCAUAUGUGAAAAGUUACCUCUUACCUGACAAAGCAAAACUGGGAAAGAAAAAGACCACAGUUAAGAAGAAGACCUUAAAUCCCAUCUACAAUGAAAUUCUGAGGUAUAAAAUUGAUGUGAAAACCCUCAAGAGUCAUACUCUGAACCUCUCUGUGUGGCAUCACAACAGCUUUGGAAAGAAUAGCUUUUUGGGCGAGGUGGAUUUCAAAUUGUCCGAAUGGGAUUUAACGAACACACAUAUGAAUGACUUCACCCUGAAAGGAAAAUCCCCAUCUGGUCUGCAGCCCACUGACCACAGAGGAGAGAUUCGAGUGGCCUUGCGUUUCCUGCAGCAGGGUUCUCAUGGUAAGAGGACACCUAAGACUGGUUUGGUACAGAUCUUUGUGAAAGACUGCAAAAACCUGCCAUUUAUUAGGGGUGCAGUUAUUGAUCCUUUUGUAAAAUGCUAUGUGCUUCCUGACACCAGUCGGAAAAGCAGGCAGAAGUCACGGGUUUUAAGGAAGACGGCCAAUCCGGUGUUCAAUCAUACAAUGGUGUACGAUGGCUUCCGGGCAGAGGACCUGGAGGAGGCCUGUGUGGAGCUCACAGUCUGGGACCACGACCGCCUCAACAACCACUUCCUGGGUGGUGUUAGACUGAGUCUGGGCACAGGUAGAAGUCAUGGAGCAGUAGUGGAUUGGAUGGAUUCUAAUGCAGCUGAAGCAAUGCUAUGGAAACAAAUGAUGGAAUCACACAAUGAAUGGGUGGAGGAUGUAUUGCCUUUAAGAAUGUUGAUGAUGGCACACAGCAUGUCAAAAUAAGAAAGAAGGAUUUCAAUAUUUUAAAAAGCGUGUGUUUGAUUGCAGUGAAUUCUCCUGUUGUUACUUAAUCAAGAGUGUAUAUUGUGUGUUGUGAUGAAUGUACAUCAAUGAUUGAAUCUAAAACUGCUUUAAUAAAAAACUUUCCUUUAGGCACGUUAAUUAAAGUGCACUGUGCCAUGUAUUGAUGCAC